AUGUUGACAACUGAACUUGGUAAAAUCAUAUUGGUGACAGGCGCAAAUCGAGGAAUCGGCUUUUCAAUCAUUCAAGGCCUUGCUUCACACCCAGACACAGUAAAAGCGACAUUCCUGCUUGGAUGUCGAGAUGCAUCGAAGGGAAAAGACGCAAUUGGCCAACUUCAUCGACUGGGCGUGAAAUCAGAUAUCAAAGAACUCGUAUUAGACGUCUCCUCAGACAUAUCGAUUGCUGCAGCCGUGGAAUCAGUCCAAUCACAAUACGGCCAUCUUGAUGUCUUGAUCAACAACGCCGGGUAUGCAGCCAUACCAUCCAGCUCUGAUACAUCCGACUGGCGGGAUACAUACAGCAAGGUCUUCGACACCAAUGUGACAUCAGUAGCAGUAACUGCACAAAAAUUUCUACCUCUGCUUCGUCAAGCGAAAAAUGGUGGGAAGGUCAUUCAGAUUUCGUCGGCAAGGGGAUCGAUUACGAGGUCUGCCAGUGGUCAGCUGCCACCGACAGUCUCAAUCCCAUAUGUCAUUUCCAAAUCGGCGCUGAAUAUUUUGACGAUCGAAAUGAGCCGAGACCCAGCAAAUGCGAAUGUUGAGUUCUCGCUCGCCAGUCCUGGACACUGCAAAACUGCAUUCAAUGGGUUUAGAGGGUCUAGGGAUCCACUGGAAGGAGCUAAUGUCGUUGUUGAGCUUGUCAGGGCCCCGAGGGGCAAGUACAGAAAUGCUGGUUUCUGGGAAACCAUGGGAGAUAGUCUUGAGCUUGUAGAAGUCCCGUGGUAG